CUCUGCUAACGUAACAGCCUACGAAAGCCCAGCUCGCAUUUUCCUUUCACUCCCACUGAACGGCGGACUAUACUGCAUUCUCGAAUGCCAGUGUACAGGAACCGAAUUGAUUUUAUCCAUAAAUAAGGCUCACUUUUACUUUAUGCCAUCUUUAUGUUCAAAUGUCGCCAGCUUAGCAAAUUACCCAAACUCAAUGGAAAACCGUCUGUCGUCUUCCGCGGAUGCAAGCCUGGCGCUCUGACGGGUGCAUUCCCCAUCUCAGACCGUUUCGCGGUGCGGCUGGACCCCAAACACCCCGCGCUCAAAGUCAAUCCCAAGGUCCUCCCACUCGUAUCGCAGCCUUUCUUGUCCAUCAAAGCAAUACCGUUUGGCUUCCUCACCAAGCCGGAAAAUGUUGUGACGUUCGAGAGGCCGGUGGAGCUCUGGGAGAGUCGCGUCGCUAGGCUGAAGCGUUCUCCUUUGGAGCAGACGGAUGCAUCGAGUAUAUCGCUCCCCGUGCACUUGGUGAUGCCGAAGAAAACUGUGCACAAGAAAAAAUACCUCAGGGUGGCCGUCGCGCGCAAAGUCAAAACGGCCAUUGCGCUCAUCCUCUCGAGGGGUAUGGACGUUGGGAGUGAUGGUGAGCUGGUGCUGAAUGAUGAGCAGACGAGGGAAGAUUGUAACAAGCUGGUCGUAGAUGCUCGAGAUACAUCGAAUGCCGUUUGAAGAUCUCGUCAAACGGUUACGCACAGCGCUGUUGCAGAUCUCGACCGGCAUCAAGCGGCUGGAACAGCAAUGGGCAGCGAAGGAUAGAAGCGUAUAUCGUGGACGAGACGGGGUGCGCUUUACUAGAGCUCGACCUCGGUACCCAACUCUAGCUGAGAUGCGCGCCAAAAUGCGAGAAAAUGAACAGAGACGACGUAGAGACGCGACCGUUGAAAAUGGGUUUCAACUCGAUGAUCUUUCGCCUGAAGAGAACACCGUUUUAGAACCAAGUCCAAAUGGUGAAACCCUUGCUUCAAGUGAGCCUUUGUCAGACUAUCCCAUGCUUG